AUGGGGCUCUUUAAGAGACUACAAGUCAGCCGCCCGGAGAACCUGGCCUACUCGGAGCUGUUUCUGCAGAACGAGGAUCUUCUGCCUGUACCCGAGGAGAAGCGGACAUGGGGCGUCUGGAACUUCAUUGCAUUCUGGGUAGCAGAUAGUUUCAACAUAAACACAUGGAUGAUCGCCUCUUCCAUGAUCCAGCUUGGCCUUUCUUGGUGGCAAGCUUGGAUAUGCGUCUGGCUGGGGUACGGGCUCGUCGCUCCGUUCAUUGUCGCGAAUGCAAGACCCGGUGCAAUCUUCCAUGUCACGUUCCCAGUGGUCGCGCGGACAAGCUUUGGAGUAUGGGGAAGCCUGUGGUGUGUAUUUAACCGAGGAGCCAUGGCAUGCAUCUGGUACGGUGUGCAGGCUAGCAUCGGGGGGUCAUGUGUCCUUGUCAUGCUGCGAGCAAUGUGGCCGUCCGUGAAUGAUAUCCCGAACCAUCUACCCGCGUCUUCAGGGACAACGACGCGAGAUUUCAUGUGCUUCUUCCUAUUCUGGCUCAUUUCACUCCCCGCCAUCUGGUUCCCCAUUCACAAGAUCCGGCACCUCUUCACGCUAAAGGCAGUCGUGGUUCCAAUAGCGGGUAUCACAUUCUUCAUCUGGUGCAUCGUGAAAGCCCAUGGUGUUGGUCCGAUCAUUCACCAGCCUGCAACCUUGCACGGCUCCGCUCUCGGUUGGGGCAUGGUCUCGAGUAUCAUGUCCUGCAUCAGCAACAUGGCGACUCUUGUCACGAAUGCGCCGGACUUUGCGUCCCGCUCUCGCCAUCCUUCGGCUGCCCUCUGGCCGCAGCUCAUCUCCGUGCCGCUUGGUUUCUCCAUUGUCAGCUUCUUCGGAAUAAUCGUCAGCUCUUCUUCGCAGGCGAUCUACGGUGAGGCGGUUUGGUCUCCCAUCGACCUACUUGGGAAGUUCCUCGACAGCGACCCGAGCCAUGCGACCAGAUUCGGGGUGUGGUUCAUUGCCGCCUCGUUCAUUAUCGCGCAGCUCGGCACGAACAUCUCGGCCAACUCGAUCAGCGCAGGAUGCGAUCUCACCGCUCUUCUACCCCGCUUCAUCAAUAUCCGUAGGGGAGGAUACAUCGCCGCGAUCGUCGGUCUGGUCAUGCUCCCCUGGAACCUGCUCAAAAGCAGCAACCAAUUCACCUCGUACCUCUCCGCCUACUCUGUCUUCCUCAGCUCCAUAGCAGGCGUGAUGAUCACCGACUACUACGUGAUCCACAAAGGUCACUACAACGUCGCCGAUCUCUACCACGCACGCAAAGAGGGUUGGUACUGGUACACGUUCGGUAUCAACUUCCGUGCAUAUGCCGCCUACAUUGCCGGAAUCCUCAUCAACGUCGUGGGCUUUGCCGGUGCGACAGGCCGCACCGUGCCCCUCGCAGCGACGCGCAUCUACGAGAUGUCCUUCUUCACCGGCUUUGGGGUCUCCGCGCUCAUUUACUGGUCGCUCAGCUUCCUGUUCCCGAUCCGGGGAUCAAGCAACUGCGCGACGUUCGAGGAGGUGGACGUCUCCGGGUCGGCGUUCGAGGGUGCGGGUGUCGACGGGCACGAUCACAAAGCGGAGGAGAGCGAGGAUGCCGAUAUGGACAAGAAAAGCAUCGCGAGUCAGGGCGUGCGGAGCGUCCGGUCGCAUGUAUGA